AUGAACCUUUGGAGUAUCUACAACUGCUGGGGCGAUAAAAGACCCGAUAUUGAAAAGGUUAUUUCAUUAAUUUCUUACAAUGAUAGAGUGGAUAACGUUAUUUCUUCCUUUCAAUUGUAA